UGCAAUAAGGAAAGGUAGCGUUCGACAUAUCCUCAAAUUUUAUAAGUGUUUGGUGAAACUUUUGGAAGUUUACGUUAAAUAAUAAAUAGUUUUCAGUGAUUGCUAUUAUUUGAUUGUUUUUUUUUUCAAUAUCUCACGCAAAAUGUCGUCAGCAUCAGCUAUGGGUUCGGCCGGUCGUGGUGUGCAGGUGGUGACCCUGGGGUCGGGCUCGGAGCGCUACCAGGUAGACGUAGAGGCGCUGCGGGACAUCCUCCUUCGAGAUGACGUCCGCGACCGCUCGGUGGUCGUCGUCAGCGUUGCCGGCGCAUACAGGGGCGGCAAGUCCUUCAUCCUUGACUUCUUCUUACGAUACCUAAACGCCCCGCGUUCAAGUCAGUUGGCUGGAGACUGGUUAGGUAAGGAGGACCAGCCCCUCGAAGGCUUCCACUGGCGAGGAGGUUGCGAGCGCGACACUACCGGCAUCCAUCUCUGGUCAGAACCUAUUCUGGCCACUUUGGAGCGGACUGGAGAAAAGGUUGCAGUACUUCUGAUGGACACUCAAGGCACGUUCGACACGGAGACCACCAUCGCGGAGAACUCCACCAUCUUCGCUCUCUCUACGCUCAUCUCGUCCGUCCAGAUCUACAACCUGUCCGGGAAUAUCAAGGAGGAUGACCUACAACAUUUACAGUUAUUCACUGAAUACGGUCGACUGGCGUGUGACGGUGACGGCAAGGCGUUCCAAACUCUGAUGUUCCUCGUGCGCGACUGGAUGAGCGACUACGAACAUGCUCAUGGUUUCGCUGGGGGAAAAGAACUGCUUGACAGAAGACUUGAGUCCAGAAGCAACCAAAAGCCUCAAUUGCGUGAGGUCCGGGAGCACAUCCGCUCGUGCUUCGACGAGGUCAAGUGCUUCCUGAUGCCGCACCCCGGCCUCGACGUCGGCAGGAAAACCUUCAACGGAUGUGUACGUGAUGUCACAGAGAAAUUCCGACUAGCCCUCCUGGAGUUAGUGCCUUCGCUGUUCGAUCCCAGUAAACUAUCACCAAAACUGAUCAACGGUGGUCGAGUGCGGGCGAAGGACCUGCUCGACUACUUCCAAAGAUACGUGGACAUCUUCAACAGCGAUGGAAUGCCGGAGGCUGUCACCAUUUUUAAGGCGACAGCAGACGCCUGCCUGAACGCGGCGGUACGCGAGGCUCGCGAGCUGUACGAGUCCCGCAUGGAGGAGCGCUGCGUGCGCGCGGACGUCAGCGUGACGCGGCGCGCGCUGCACGACUGCCACCAGCAGGCCCGCGCCGCCGCACUCGACUUGUACAGCGGGAAGAAGAAGCUCGGAGCUCCAGAGGAUAUUGACGAACAUCUCAAUAAACUCAUUAAGGAGCUGGAGGCUUGUCUCCCACUGUACACAUGGACCAACGACGCAAAAGUUCGGGAUACAUUGGCGAACGCUAAGAAGGCUUACGAAGAUACGAUCGGUGGCGUGUGCGAGGUCCAGGCCUUCCUGUGCCUGCACCCGUUGGAUCUGAAAAGUCUGAACGACGAAGCGGUCGGCGUAGCGCUCACGCAGUUCGACUCCGCGAGGGACGUGGCUGAGGUGGAAGAAGAUGAUGAACGAACUGGGCUAUUGCUGACGCUAGAAAGCCUGUACGAGCACCUAUGCAACAUCAACGCGCAGAACAACCGCUCGGCGGUGAUGGAGGCCCGCGAGCAGUACGUGACGAGCAUGAAGCUGCGCGUGGACGUGGCGGGGACCAGCAGCGACCGGCUCGCCGCCAACCACAAGCGGUCGCAGGACGCUGCCGCGGAACACUUCCUCAACAAGAGGAACAGGCCGUCGAACUACGGAGAGGAUGAAUAUCUGGAGUCACUUACAGAAGAAAUCGAAUGCUGCUUCCUGGACUUCGAGAAGCAGAACAUGAACAGCAACCGCAUGGCGAUGCAGGUCGCUGAGUACAAGUACGACAACUACAUCUCGACGGCGUGGGGCCCGCAGGCCUGCUGCUUCCACCCUCGCGCUCUGAAGAAUUUGCACGCCGAGGCCAAGCAGGCCGCUAUCAGGCAGUUCCUGGCUAGCAGGACUGAAUGCGAAAAUGAUGACUUCGGGAAAAAGCUUGAAGGAAUUCUGGACGACCGCUACACCGAACUGGUUCGAGUUAACGAGUUCAACAACAACCAAGCUUUGGAGCAGGCGUUCAAUGUUUACACUACAAAAAUGGACAAGCACAGCCAGCCGUCCCUGGUCUCCAUCUUCAUUGCUCCGUUUAUUGUGAAGCUGUUGGCGGGACUGCCGCUGUUCCACACCAAGUCUCGGCGCGCAGCCAUCAGCGAGUUCAUGAGCAAGAGACGCGGGGAUGAUUUUGGUGAUGACGAGUAUUAUGACCGACUGUUGAGCAAAAUCGAUGCCGCCUACCAAAACUACCGGAGUCCUCUACUUGCAAUUAUGCGUGAGCUUGGUUUGCCGGUUGAAAACUAAAUAAUAUUAUAACAGUUAAAAAAAAGAUUAAUGUGAUAACCUAUACUCCUUUAUUUUUUUAUGAUAAUUAUAAUAAUCAAAUGUGUUUUGUGUCCAGCCCUCCUUACCAAGUGACAUUUCGAUAGUUGAUGACGUCAAAAGUAACCGCUUGAAUGUAUGGACACCAUAUGUCAAAGUCACGUGACUUUUCGAAUCAAAAUAUCAUUUCUAUGCUUUUGAAUGUUUUUUUAUAGAUUUUAUCGAUUUUCGUUAUGUCACUUGGUAGGGGCUGGCCUUGCUUUGGUGUUACAUAUUUGUGUCGUAAUCUCAUUUUUUGUGCAUAAUAUAGUGAUUAUAUUAAUGGAGUAUUGGUGCGAUUUAUAAUAUAAUGUUUUAGAUUAUAUAGUAGAAAUCAUCUUCUUACGGUGCUGUCACAAUUUUCAACUCAUUUCGGUUUUUUAUUGUAUUUUUGUCGUAAUAAAUCGUAUUUUGGAUUA